AUGGGCUGGCUUUGGUCUGAUACGGUGCCUACACCUGCGCCGUCUCCAGCUCAAGAUCAAAACCAGUCGAAUCCACCUCAAUCGGCACCAGAACCGCCAACUUCAUCCCACGGCACAAACUCAUCCUCGAAGCCGUUAUCCCGCGACGAGAUUGCGGAGCAAGAACUUCAAUCACUCCUUAAAGAACUAGAGGCCGAUGUCAAACCAAUCAGCUCGAAAUACAACCGCGUCCCAAGACAGCCUCCACCAGCUUCUUCGAGCCCCAACACCCGCACCCAUGAUGGCAAUGAACCCUUGGCGGAGCAAUUGCUUCCAAGAACGAUGAGCUGCCGUGUCGCCUUCGACGAGGCAUUUUAUUGCAAUUCAUUCGGUGGACGCUUCAAUGACCUAUAUCGCUAUGGGACACUGAGAUCCUGUUCAGAGAAUUGGAAUAAUUUCUGGUUUUGCAUGCGCACAAGGGGAUAUUCGGAGAGGGAGAAAGAGGCUGCUAUCAAGGAGCACUACAGGAGAAAAGAGACGAUGAAGUAUGCAAAGACUCUGGGCAAAGAGAGUAGUGAAGAUGUAUGGAAAAGCAGAGAGAAGAAGUUAGAGUGGGGGGAUGCAUUCAAUGUUCCAUUUCCAGACUUUGAUGGGAGUGACGAGGAGUGGAAUCGCCAGCAGGCAGAGUGGAGAAAGGGCAAUGCUGAUGGAAGGGCAGGAUGA